AUGCAGCCCUCGACCCUCCUCCUCGCCGUGCUCGCCGGCGCCGGCGCCGUCUCGGCCCAGUCCGCGGGCGACAUCGGCGACCUCGUCUCCCAGGUCCCCGCCUGCGCCCUGAGCUGCAUCCUGCAGGCCGCCACGGCCGCCGACUGCGGCGUCGCCGACUACAAGUGCCAGUGCGCGCACCGCACCCAGAUCCAGACCUCGGUCGACCCCUGCCUGCGCAAGGGCUGCUCCGACGCCCAGGUGAAGCAGGUCACCGACAUCACGACCCAGAUCUGCAAGGCCGUCGGCGCCAGCACCGACACCGCCUCGUCCAGCGGCGGCGCCAAGGGCGGCAGCGCCACGACGGGCACCCUCGAGACGGCCUCGGGCGCCGCCAAGACGCCCGCGCAGACCAGCUCCCCCGCGCAGGUCGCCGGCAGCGGAGCGGGCGCCCCGGCCGCCGCGGGCCUGGCCGUCAUGGGCGCCGUCGCCCUGGCUGGUGCCUGGGCCCUGUAA